CCGGUAGAUUGUCGCCAGCACCCCAGUAGUGCUGUCAAGUAAACAACAUUGAUAGUGUCGACUGCAGCUUUCCUCGAGAUUGUCUUGAAGUUGAACACCAGUGCAGUGGUCUUUGUGUGUAGGGACCAGAUAACAGGUGGUGAUGGAAGGUCUGCUACAGUGGCUGCUCAUCUGGGCGUUGUUGAUGGUCGACCCUGUCACCUGCAUCUGUGUCAAGGAUUCAGACGAGCUGUCCUUCUCGAGGGAGAAUUCCGAGGCAGACGAUGUACGCAAGGAUCAUUUUGUGAACAUCCAUUGCUGUGCUAACAACUUCAUGGGAGAUAUUAAAUGGUUCCGACAAUACAAUGGAACCAUGACUGUAUUGGUGUUUGAUAACAAGAGGUAUACUUUCAAAGAACGUCAGCAAGUUUUGGAGAUCAACAAGGCUUUAAUGCUGGACAACGGAACCUAUGUUUGUGUGGCCCACAACACAACACGCAAUGUCACCUUUCAGUUUGAACUCUAUGUUGCUGAAUGUGACAAAGCAGCCGGCAAGGUGAUAGUGGAGCGUAUGCCGGAGCCAAAGCAGAUGGUCAGACUCGGCCAAACGAAGACCCUGGAGUGCCGAGGAUACUUUGGCUGUGGCUUGCCAAACACUAAAAGUGCUUUCUGGAUGAGGACAGGAAAACCCCCCUUUAAGCUUGAAGGAGAUCAUCCGUUAUUUUCUGUGGAGAUGGUGAAUAAGAGCAACGGGAAUAUACUUGGCAGUAUACUGACCUUCAAGACCAUCACCCAGGACAACAUGACCUCCAGUUAUAUGUGUUAUCUUUUCGCAGUGACGCCUAAUGGAAAGUCCUUUCCCGUACAAUUUGUCGAUUUACCACAAAAGGAAGUUCUCCCCGGGUGGGGGGUGGCUGUUCUGGCUGUUCUGGCUGUCGUCAUCAUCGUGCCUCUUCUCGUCACACUUCUCAUCCUGCCUUGGAAAGACCAGGUCCAGUUCUGGAUGAGAACCAAGUUUCACCGUCUACCACUAAGACAAGCCAACAAGCGACACGAUCUGAUCGUCUUGUGCCACCCAGACAACGAUGACGAAGUGAGGAAUCAUAUAACGAGUAACUUGAGAAAUGAUUACGCUGUCUUCUUUCCCUAUGAUGACAUCCAAGGAGCAGAAUUGGAAGCUUCCGCUGCGAUGGAUGCCCUAACCAGCAGUUCCUUCGCGCUAAUCUAUCUCAGACCCUCAGAUAGUCGGGUUCCUCGGUUGGAAUCUUUAAUGGAUGCAGCUACAAAUUGCCAGGGAGGGACACGAAUCAUCCUCAUUCACAAUGGCCCCUUAAGAGAUUCGUUGCAAGGACUUGAAGCUGGAUUACGAUCUCGACUGGGACUUGUCCAUCAUAUUAAAUGGCCUUCAGACAUUGAUAGGAAUGCAAGAGUGAAGAAGAAUUUUAUCUGUGCCAUACAGUCUCAUCUGCCGGAGUCGGUUGACAACGCUUCGGAAUCUUCAACAGAACCUCUACUCAACUCGAGUGAGUGAGUGAGUUGUAGGGCAGGGACGGGCAACUCGGGUACCCGGGUCGGGUGGGUACUGAGAGGACCCGGGUACCCACAAGACUACCCAGGCCCGUGGUUAGUGACGUGAUGUAUUGUUUCAUGACAAAAAAUCACUAUAAAACUACAUCGUUACACGAUAAUUUUAAGUCUCUAAUGUUCGCAUUUCUUCAUGACUAUGAACACAUUCCUUCUGACUUAAAUAUGUUUGAACAAAGCUAAACCUUAAGUCAACUUCAGUGUGACCACAUCGUUUUAUACGUCUAUCUAAAAACAUUCUGCCAGAGCUACUGUCAAACUAUUACAUUUUGUACCUAUCUCUUGACACCAACAGCGGGUACCUGGGUAGGGUCGGGUAAUAGGGGUGUGGGUACCCGGGUAGUAAAUUUGGACUCGUCCCAGCCCUAGUGAGUUGGGGUUAAGGCUGCUUGGAACAUUAUUCCAUUUCUAUUAGGGCUGGGACUACCCAGGUACCCACCACCCUAUUACCUGACCCUACCCUGGUACCCGUUGUAGAUAUUUAGAGAUAGGUACAAACUAUCCGAUUUGGAAAAGUUUGACCUUAGCCCUGCAAAAUAUAUUUAGAUUCACGUUUAAAACGAUCUGAUCAUGCAUACACUGACGUUUAAUGCAUGAAGUUUUAUCUUUAUUCAAACAUAUAAAAGUCAGAAGGAAUGGGUGCAUUGUCAGAAAGAAAUGGGAACAUUAGUGACUUAUAGUGUAACCAGAGUUUUAGAUAAUUUUUGUCAUUAAACAAUAUAUCACGUGACUAACCACGGGUCCGGGUAGUCCUGUGGGUACCGGGUCCUACUCAGGACCCAACCAACCCGAGUACCCGAGUUACCCGUCCCAGCCUUAAUUUCUAUCACGGCCUGUCACAUUGAUGUGGGAGAUAAACCUGAAGUGCAGGUCUUCGAGGGUAAACUUUGGUGAAACCCACAAGCAACGGCGGAAGCAGGAUUAGAACCCGCGAUCAUAGGUUUCUGACGUGCCCAAGGGACACAACUCUGCACGGCAAAUGGCAGCCGUCAGCUUGAUUGAGGGAACAAAUAUGUUAUGAAACAGUUUAUAGAAAGGACUCUCCUUAUUUUGGGGUGGCCUGAAAUGAAUCGUGCAUUGGCUAUCAUCCUCUCGGUGUAAAAUUUCAUUUGAAGUUCAACAACUCAUGAAAGUGCAAGCCUCAUGAAGCUGGAUCUUGACCUGGAUCAUUAUGUGGUUCAUCUGCAGAGGAUUGCCCUAUCCUCAUCUUGAUUCCUGGUAACGACAUUGAGACUGUCUUAGGACUGUUGAAAAGAUAAACAUGCUUUGAAAUUACCGUAUUCGACGUAAUAAGCACCCCGCUCUAAUAAGCGCCCACGGCAAUUUUUUGCUAAUAUAUUGGCUAGUGAACAAUCCCAAUUAGCACCCCUUCCGAUUGAUCAAUGUACACAAGACUCAUUUAUUCGCAUAUAAUACACACUAGCGUGUUAUAUGCAGCCUUAAUUAUGGGCAAUUAAAUUCUG